AUGGUGAACUUUCUCCUGGGACAACAAGAUGACUAUAUAAAAUGUAAUUGUUUCGAGUGUCUUUGGGAUAGCAGGGCUAAGGAUCAGCACUGGAGUAAAAGAAACUGGCGUUCUAGAGAUGCUUUAGUCCAAGGAGAAGCUAAUGUGGUUAACGAAGCAUUGGUCGACCAAGAGAAAAUAAUAUUACCCCCGUUACAUAUUAAACGAGGGCUUGUGAAAGUAUUUGUAAAGGCCCUAGACCAGAAUCGUCCUUGUUUUGAAAACUUAUCCAGGAAAUUCCCUGCCCUUUGUAAAGAAAAAUUAAAAGCCAAAAUAUUUGAUGGGCCUCAGAUACGACAACUUAUCCUCGAUUACUAA